AUGCGCUUUCCUCCUUUCGGCUCGAACAUCAAAGCCUGCUUGGUCUUCAUCCUCGGGGUUCUGUUCAUCACGUAUGCUACUGCUCGACCGGUGACUGGAUUGGAACCCAACUUACUGUCCCGCUCUCAGCUGGUGAAAAUUAAAAUUUCCUUUCCGGGCGGUACGAAACAAUUCCUGGAGGGUGAAGCAGUGACGAAUGUCGCGCGAGCCAUCAGAAAUACACUUGAAGAGUACACUCCCACAGGUCAUGAAAUUGAAGUCAUCUUUCCUAUCCCUCUUCGUAUCCCUGCCUUCAACAAAGUUAAUGAGAUUGACUUCCGCAUCACCUUAGGUAAUGGAGCUACAGGCGCUGGGCUAGUUGAGGCUUUUGGAGAAGAACCUAAUUAUGAAGAAGGUCCAUUUUUGGUUAGGGACAGGUUGGGAUGGAUCGGGUUUGAGCGCUUUGAGCCUCGGGAGUGCGCUAACGAAGGCUUCGGGGUCCCGUUUCCGAGCUCUUUUUAA